UUCAUUUUGCAGCAGGACGCCACCGGAAGCCAUCGAUACAUUGCAUUACGACGAAGUGCUAACCGCAGUGCUAACGGAGCUAAACAUUAUACAGCCUCUACCUUCCCCUUUUUACAAUUCAUCGAAGCCCUUGAGACUCUCCUCUCAGCGAGAAUGACCGACAGAUACAACAUCCACAGUCAGCUGGAGCAUCUUCAGUCUAAGUACAUCGGCACAGGACACGCAGACACCAGCAAGUGGGAAUGGCUGGUCAACCAGCACAGAGACUCUUACUGCUCCUACAUGGGACAUUUUGACCUGCUCAACUACUUCUCUGUCGCUGAGAAUGAGAGCAAAGCGAGAGUUCGCUUCAACCUGAUGGAGAAGAUGCUUCAGCCAUGUGGACCGCCAGCAGACAAACCUGAUGAUGCCUAGAUUAACUGGAGCGAGCAGUGGUUGUUUUUACAGGAUUUUUGUAGGGUCUUUGCUGUUGAUUUUGCUGGACAUUCAACUUGUUUUUCAACUUAACAUAUUCAAUGUUAAACUUUUCUAAAUUGUCUUAGCAUAAAAUGAAUCAUGUAUGACCCUGAACAUUGAAUUAAUUGUCCAGUUACCCAACAGAAGAUUUCUUGGACACAGAUCUUUUCAUUGUUUGACUCUGAACCACUGAAAAACAAGGUGUUUCUUGACCCCUACAGCUUUGCAGCUAUGAGGAAAAUAAGCAAAAAAGAUGAAAGAAAGGAGAAUAGGAAGGGUUUCAAGAUCUGAAAAUGUAUCUGAGAAGAUAAUGGCAAACAAAGUUGUGUACUAUUAUCUGUCAAGUAUUUGUAUUAACUGAUGGAGCUUUAUUCCUCGUUAAAAUUUUCUCUUUUGAUUUGUUUUAUUAAAAUUAAUUUGUUUACUGUUUAAAA